AUGUCUUACUCGCCGCAAGAGAGUUCCGCCGAGCUAUGGUUGGAACGCGCCAACUUCGUUGGAGGGUACCUCGGCGCGAUGACAUACGCUGUUCAUGCACUUCUGUUCUUCAAAUGUGCAUUCAUCCUUCUGGACCGCCGUUCCUCUCCGAAGAGCAACUUGCGCUGGCUGGUGUACGUCUCCCUCCUGUUUGUCGUCGCGACAGUCCAAGUCGGCGCUUCCAUCAAAUUCAUGCAAAUGACGUGGAUUGACAAUCGCAAUUUUCCCGGGGGACCGGCAAUGUAUAUCCAAAUGGUAUUUUCUGCGUGGAUCAACACGGUCAGCAAUGUUGCCUAUGUGAUAAACAACUUCCUUGCCGAUGGUCUGUUGAUAUACCGAAUCUGGAUCUUCUGGAGCUAUAACUAUUACGUGGUUAUUUUUCCGACUUUGGUCUUCCUGGCAUCAACUGCCCUCUCCAUUAUAACAGCUUACGAAGCGGCACAGCCUAACAGCAACUUAUCAACCACAGUAGCCUUCAACUUCGGUGUCCCUUACUGGUCGAUAUCCAUUGCACUGAAUGUCAUUAUAACGCUGAUGAUUGCAGGCCGUAUCAUUGCUGUGCGGAAGGAGCUCAAGACUGUUCUCCAGAAUGAUUAUACCACACCGUAUGACUCUGUCCUUGCGACCAUAAUAGAGUCCGCUGCCCUCUACUCGGUUACUGGACUAGUGUAUGUCAUAAGUUACGCCAGGAGCAGUAGCUUCCAGUACAUCAUGCUGCCAAUCCUGGGGCAGGUCAUGUGUAUAGCUCCAGUACUGAUCAUCCUUCGAGUUGCGAGCGGACGUGCAUUCUCCAAGAGUACUGUGGCAACCAUAUCUGCUAUCCACUUUGGUGAUACCACUGGCGAAUCGAGUGUGAACGGCAAUACCACUGAAGAUGCUGUCACUGUUGAUCCGGAGAAGAUCUUGUUUAGUCCUCCAUCUCAAAGUACCCUCGAGAUAUCUAGCUCUUCGACAGGCAAACCGUAA